GCCAUGGUCAUGGUUUUGUUUAUUCGUUGCCAUGAACAUCGUCAGUUGCCGCCAAGCACGCGAAGAAAGUGGUGGAAUCAAGAAAAGACAAAAUGACGACAUCAACGACUAAAGAAUUUACGGCGACGACAGAAGAAUUCACAAGCAAUGAAGAAAUGGAUGAAUUCAUCUCAACGACUAAAGAAUUUACGGCGACGACAGAAGAAUUCACAAGCAAUGAAGAAAUGGAUGAAUUCAUCGCGGGAGACGAAACCAUCUACUUCACUGGAUAUAUUGAUAGUAUUGAAGGCUCUAAACUGGUUGGCAAAGGUGUUAAGAAAGUUUUAUACAAGUUCGUGGUGAACAACGGCAAAGGGAGGAAAAUGCGGGUAUUAAUGUGGGAAGAGGUAGCGAAAAAGUACGAAGCUUCAUUGCGUUGCAGAGAUAUAAUAAGAAUUUGGAACGGAAAAGCUUUAGCGGUGAAUCCGAAUUUCGCCAACGCAAAUAUCAACAGUAAUAAUUAA